AUGUUGGCCUUGAUACUUUUAUCCGGAUUCCAUAUAGCUCAGUCCCAGAGAUUGCAUAAGCUUGUUGCAGAUAAGCUAGUAGGUCAAUGUCCCGCCGAAUGCCAGGAAGAUCUAAAUGCCAAAGAGAAUACCGCAAGUAGCGACAAAGACGACGUUGUAUGCCCAGGUGCAAUGUUAACUCCAGCAUUCAAAGAUUGUAUGGCAGCUGCACUUUCCACAGCAGUAGCAAGCCUGAAUCAAUACAAGUUAAGGCCGAUCAUGUUGUAUUGCUCACCUAAUUGGAUCGACGGUGAGCCAACACUGGAACCAUUUACAGAGAUGUACCUUAGCAUGGAAAGGUUGGCUACCGAGACAAGCCAAAAGUUUCACAAUCUUCAUCUCAACCUAAGCGAAGACGCCAAAACAUUGCAUUCUCUCCUCAACCAGCCCACAAUAAGCAAAGAGCAAGUUAUAUUAGGGCUCAAAGAGCUAAAGCUCGUCAAGAUUAUAGAAAGCGAUGGCGAGUUGCAAGGUGCCAAAAUUAAGCCGGGUGAUUUGAAUGUUAUGUUCGUUAAAGAUGCCAAUAUAACCGCAUGCGGCGAGAUGCUAAAGGAUACAUACAAGCAAGUUGUGACGUACAAAAGCCAAAGGAGCAUUGAUCAAUUAAAUGCCAGUGGUCCACCAAGAGAGGUCAUGCUUUCUCUAUGUACAAUGAACAAGAUGGCGCAGUUCUUCUACGAGUUUUACACGUUCCAAAUACUCGUGGCCAAUACUUGGAGCACAGUUUAUAAGCACGAUUCUAGACCACAGUUUAGUCCUGAACUGAUUGAGCUGAUCCAGGAAUUCUUUAUGCUUAAUCCACUCUUCUGCUUGAGUAGUAGGAACCUCAAAAAAGGUAUCAAGAUAAUUGACAAGCUUACUUCACCAACUGGCCUUCCUUUAUUCUACAAUGACUGGCACAGUAUAUAUACCGAGAGAUUCAAGAAGGCCUUAUUGGGCCUUAUGGGGCUAAAGAAUUCAAAAGUACCUAUGACCAAGCACGACGAGGAGCAGGUCUUAAGGACAAUCAAAGAAUUGCUUGAGAUUCUUAUAGUCCUGGCUAAUAUGGCCCAGGAGGCCUCUUCCAACUUACUUACGUUUUACAACGAAGUCAAAGAGCACUUAAUGAUCGUAUGGAAAGUCCCGACGGUUUCUUUGAUUAAAUGCCUCAAGGCCGGACAGGCUCGAGGCAUGUAUGGGUUUGUCGACUUUGAAAUGCAAGAGACCUUUAAGCUCGAGGGCUAA